CGAUGUGAAGGAGCGAUUGCUUUUUCUGGCGUGUGGGCCAGUUUCUGUUUAUGACGUUUGUUGUUCUGUGCAGCUCGACUUUGGUCUGAAAUAUAAAAUAAUGGCUCACCCUCCACCAAAACCAUGGGAAAGGGGGAUCCCUGGAACUAUGAGGGCACCACUAAACUAUCGCUCAACUGACUUUGGAUCAGCAUCACGAAGUGGGCCAUCAGUGUCUGGUCCUCCAGUUUUAACACGUGUGACACCACCCAUUCCUCCAAGACCAGUCCAGCAAGCAUACCGCCCUUCAUACAGCUCAUUUUCCUCCUCAUACAGCCCUUAUGGGAGCUCCAUCUACGGGGGCUACAGCCCCUACAGCUACAGUGGUUAUGGAGUUGGAGGCAGCCUGGGUUAUAACCGUUAUAACCAAACAGACGAGAUCCCACCAAGCCACUUUGUCCAGCAGGCAGAGGAAAGCAGCCGCGGAGCAUUUCAGUCCAUUGAGAGCAUUGUCCACGCCUUCUCCUCAGUCAGCAUGAUGAUGGACGCUACGUUCUCUGCUGUCUACAACAGCUUCCGUGCUGUUCUGGAUGUGGCCAAUCACUUCUCCCGCUUGCGCAUACAUUUCACAAAAGUGCUGUCUGCCUUCGCUCUGGUUAGGACCCUUAGAUACCUAUAUCGCAGGCUGCAGAGGCUGCUAGGAUUGCGCCAGGAUUUAGAGGUGGAUGACUUGUGGGCGGACAGCGCCGCUUCCUCCAUGGUGUCUUCUUUAGGAACCAGAGGCGCAGGGAUUGAUGACCCCAGAGCGAAUUCUGUCAAAUCAUGGCCCAUUUUCUUGUUUUUUGCUGUAGUUCUUGGAGGGCCAUAUUUGAUCUGGAAGCUUUUGCGGUCUGCUGAGGAUCCUGAGGAAAAGGCCACUGACUGGGCAAGUGGGGAGGAUGACCAUGUGGUAGCACGAGCGGAGUAUGACUUCACAGCUGCAUCUGAGGAAGAAAUCUCUCUACAGGCUGGAGACAUGCUUAAUCUUGCCCCUAAAGAACAACAGCCCAGGGUGCGUGGCUGGCUGUUAGCCAGUGUGGAUGGGCAGACCACUGGCCUUGUACCUGCCAACUAUGUCAAAGUGUUGGGCCGGAGGAGAGGCAGAAAGCAUGCAGAAUUAGAGAGGAUGCCACAGGCCCAGCAGGCUGCACAGAACCUUCCAGCACCUCAAGCUGCUCUGGCUACAGCUUCUGUUCCCAACUCCAGGCAGGGGGUCCCUACCACAUCAGAUCCAGAUGAGCUUUUGGAGUCUGUUUACAGUGAAACACAAGGCCUUCAUGCUACCCUGGAGGUGCAACCUUCUACAAACCAAAACAGUGAUACUGUAGUGAUGACCUCAGAAAAGAUGGACUUAUGAGUAAUUUGUAUGUGCAGGGAGGUGUGUGUGUGUGUUGGUGGGAGUUAGGUGAAAAAGUCUAUCCUUCAUUAGAAUGUAUCACCCUUAGUCCAAACUGUUGUGUGAAUGUAACUUAGUCCAACACCUUAUUCUGUAAAUUUCAGUAGAAUUUUAGGCGCAAAGCAAUUACCAAUAUUACACAUUUCAUUCUUCGACAAAAAUAUUGGGUAUUUCAGCAUUAUAGUUUUAUAUGAUUGUGUUAAUAAGACACAUUGAUAUAUUUUGAAAAAUUAUUAGGAAAAACGGUUUCAGUUUGUUAUGAUAUGCUCACAUCAAACAUAAAAUGAGGGUCAUUUCAAGCAUACACAGUUAAUGCAUCUGCUUAGUUUAAAUUAUGAGGUGUCAUAUUAGUCUAAAUUUAUAAUGCACUGUUGAUCACUAAUUUCUCCUAGUGUAGGAGUUUUAGAUUACUGUUCAUCUUUCUGAAAUGUGAAUAUUUAAUAUUUUAAGUUGUGUUCUAUCAAGAAUUAGUUUGUGCAUUUUUCAGGCUUGUUUUUUUCAUACCACUAACACAGUGUGCAAUUAUGUAAAUACAAGCAAUUAUUUUGCCAGUAAAUAAAAAAUUUUUUUUUUUAAUUAUCUCCUGUCAUUUUCAAUUGUAUAGUAAAGUUCCAGCAUUUCCAAGGUUAUAGAAAAUUACUGACAUUGUCAUGUAGCUGGGUAAGAAAUGUAAAUAAAUAAAGAUAAUAAGACAUUAAUAAUAA